AUGACAGCCGGACCCCCAGCCGAAGCUGAGAGCGAUGACGGUACAGAGGAAGUAAAUACUAGAAUUCUGCCGUACAACGCUACGAAGUCUGAGGACUUGCCCGACUCCAUCAUUUACACACCCGAUGACAUUCUCAUCUGCAGAGCACCUACCUGCUUCUGA